AUUCGCUCACUUUGGCUUUCCAGUCCUUUCACACUUUUUGAUUCUUUCGGUAGCCCAGUCAAAAUUUCUGUUAAGUAUCUUUCCCCAGAAGAGGUGGGCCAGUUGUUACGGCUUUGAAGCAACAAUGGGGACCAUCAAUCACCCGGAUUUACAGUUGGCGCUCAAGGACUUUCUGAUCGAGGAAGAGAAAUUGACCCAGGUGGUGUACCGCAUGACCAAGGAGAUGAAGAUGGGCCUGUCCAAGGAGACUCAUGCGCGGGCGGCGGUCAAGUGCUUUGUGACCUACGUGCAGGAUUUACCCACAGGAAAGGAGCGCGGAAAAUUUUUGGCCCUCGAUUUAGGUGGUUCCAAUUUCCGGGUUCUGCUGGUGAUAAUACGUGGCGAUUCGGACUUGCAAACCGAGUCGAGGACCUAUGUGUUUCCCGAGACCCUGAUGACUGGAACGGCCAAAGAGCUUUUCGAUUUUAUAACCGAGUGCCUCGUACAGUUUUGCCGGCAGUUUGGCCUGGAGAACGAGGGACUGCCACUGGGCUUCACUUUCUCGUUCCCCUGCCAUCAGCAGGGUCUCUCCAAGGGCACCCUGGUCGCCUGGACCAAGGGCUUUCGCGUCGAGGGCGUGGUGGGCCGCAACGUGGUGGAACUGCUGCAAGAAGCCAUCACACGACGCGGCGAAAUCUCGGUCACUGUAGUUGCCCUGAUAAACGACACGGUGGGCACCCUCUUAUCCACCGCGUACUUUAACAAUAACUGCCGCAUCGGCCUGAUCGUGGGCACCGGCACCAACGCCUGCUACGUGGAGAAGACGGUGAAUGCCGAGUGCUUCGAGGGAUACCAGACCAGUCCCAAGCCCUACAUGGUCAUCAACACCGAGUGGGGCGCCUUCGGGGACAACGGUGUGCUGGAAUUCGUGCGAACCCCCUACGACAAGGUGAUCGACAAGGAGACAGUCAAUCCCGGCAGGCAGACAUUCGAGAAGUGCAUCUCCGGGAUGUACAUGGGCGAGAUGGUGCGCCUGAUCCUCAUAGAUAUGAUGGCCAAGGGUGUGAUGUUCCGGAACGAGUCUUCGGAAAAGCUCCUGCAGCGCGGGUCCUUUUCUACUUCGUACAUUUCGGAUAUCGAGAGCGACGCCCCCGGGGAGUACCGCAUGUGCAACAAGGUACUCCACAACCUCGGCUUGAGGGGCAACCAGGAGUCGGACCGCCUGAAUCUGCGCUACAUCUGCGAGGCGGUGUCCUCGCGUUCCGCCAAGCUCUGCGCCUGCGGCCUGGUCACGCUCAUCAACAAGAUGAACAUCAACGAAGUGGCCAUUGCCGUCGACGGCAGUGUGUACCGCUACCAUCCCACAUACCCCUCAAUGCUGGAGCACCACAUGAAAAAGCUCCUCAAGCCGGGCGUUAAGUUCGAGCUGGUCUGCUCGGAGGACGGCUCCGGACGCGGUGCGGCCUUGGCAGCGGCCACGACCGUUAAAAAUAAAUAAAUUCGAAAUUUGAAUUAACUUAAA